AAAGUAAAUGCGAGAUAUUUCCAGUCACAAGACGGUUGCCUAGCAGCACUGGACGCGCUUGGGUUUGGACAAACAUGGCGAAGUUUGUUCUUGCGGGAAAGGCUGAUUGUCCGUAUUAUGCAAAGGCUGAGCUGCUCGCUGAUGUGCUGCAAAGAAACCUGCCUGAUUUUCACAUCCACAAGAUCUCUGUGCCGCCCGAUGGCUGGAAGGAAUGGCUAGAGGACACCUGUGCAUCUAAUGGCUGGAAACACUCAAGCUCUCCUCUAGUAUGGAGGGAGCUGAUUGAUCGUGGGGGGAAAGGCAUGCUGCUCGGAGGAUUCAGUGAGUUCCUGGAGCAUGCUCAGGGUUAUUAUGGCAUCACCUCAGACAUGAACUCUGAUCUAAUGCUCAAAAUUGCAGAAGAGAAUAAAGCAACCAAAGAGCUGUGUAUGGAGGAGGAAGUCCAUCAACUCAAGUCUCUCAGGCCUCUGCACAUCUGGAUCAGCAGCGCUCUGAACCCCAUCUGCUACAGCCUCAUCCCUCACCUGUUUACCCCAGGGAUGUUUUCAGGUCUGCCCAUCUUCAGCCUUCACCUCAUGGACCUCAGCGGCUCUGAGGAAAUGUUAGAAGCACUCAAGUUGGAAACAGAGGACCUCGCCAUACCUCGGCUCCAUGAAAUAACUGUCCAUUCAGACCAGAUGCUAGCAUUCCAGAGAGCCCACUUGAUUAUUUUUCUGGAUGACCUGCAACCUGCAUGUGAAAAUAAUGAUGAGCAGGAUGACAAGGACCACAUGGUUAGCCGGGUAGCGGAACAUUUUCGUCGCUAUGGGCAACUCAUCGAGACGAACGCACAAAAAGACGUAAGGGUGCUGGUGGCAGGAGACUCCUUAAUUAAUAUGAAGUGUUCGCUGUUAAUUGAAAAUGCAUCCUCCAUUGAUCCACACAACUUUGUGGCAAUGACAACACAACUGGAAUAUGAGGCCAGAACUCUGCUUGCACAGAAGCUGUCAGUAAAAACAACAGACAUCAUUAACGUCAUUGUGUGGGGAAACAUCAGUGGCAGUUCCCAUAUUGACCUACAGAUGGCGCAAGUUUUCAGAUAUGAUGGCGCAAUUCGGGGACCAGAUGGUUUUUCUCAGCAAGUCAUGGAAAUGAUCUAUGAUUGGAAAUGGCUGAAGACAGAUUUUAUGAGUUUAGUACUUAAACAUCGAGCCACAAUUUCAUCAAAGACCAACAAAGCCACAGCGAUAUCAACAACCAAUGGAAUAUUGGCCAUUUUAAAAGCCUGGAAUAAUGCAGAAUCUCAAGAGGAAGUCUUCUCGUUAGGUGUACUCAGUACAGGGCAGUUUGGGAUUCCAGCAGGUCUGGUGUUUUCGAUGCCUGUCAGUUUCAAAGACGGUCAUUGGUCAGUGCGGUCUGAUGUUACUGUUACAGAUGAGUUAAGGGUAAAACUUGAUGCUUGCGCAGAUGAACUUAGAAUGGAAAGAGACGUGGCUGCUAAAACACUGAAGAACGAUGCAUGACCACUCCAGAAGCUGAAACUUCAUUAUUCUUAGCAUAGUUAA